GGGUGUCAAAGCCUGGCUUGAUUGUCCAAAGGCCAAGGAAGUAGAUUCCUGACUGCAAGAAGGCAAGGCCACGAAGCCGGGUCCUACCUGGCCUCCUGGUGCCUGGCUGGUGACUUGCGGUGUGACCUCACACAGGCAGCCUGUUCUCAGUGGGCCUCAGUCUUCCCAUCUGUACGAUGAAGGCGCUGAACUAGAAGGCAGAUCCCAGCUCCAGCGACUCGCCCUCAAGCCCCUGCUCCUCCUGCUUCCCCCAGCCCUGGCUGCGGGUGGCCACAUGCAGUCGUGGAGAAGAAAGUCCCUCUGGCUGGCACUGUCGGCCUCUUGGCUCCUCGUCCUUCUGAGAGUCUUCCCCCUUCUCCGCAUGGCAGUGCCUGCCAGACCUUGGGUAGGGGCCCCCCAAGGCUGGCCCCGCUGGCUGGAUGCAGAGCUCCUGCAGAGUUUCUCCCAGCCUGGGGAGCUCCCAGAAGAUGACCCUCAACCUCCUCAAGCCCCCCGUGGUGGCAGCUGCGACUGGGGAGCUUGCUUUGAUGUCUCCAAGUGCAGGGGUGGUGGUCUCAAGGUGUUCGUGUACCCGGUGGCUGGCCCGAUCUCUGACACUCACCGUGGGAUCCUGGCUUCCAUUGAGAGCUCUCGAUCCCGCUCCGUCAGCCCUGAUGAGGCCUGCCUCCUCCUCCUCCUCAGCCUGGAAGCCCCCACUGGAGAGUGCAGCCCAGUGCCCCAGCAAUGGAAUGGGGGCAGGAACCAUCUGGUCCUCAGUCUCCACUCAGCCUUCUGCCCCCAGACCUUUCAUCUGGGACAGGCGAUGGUGGCCAAGGCCAGCCCCACGGUGGACACCUUCCGGCCUGGCUUUGACGUGGCCCUCCCGCUUCUCCCUGAAGCCCACCCAUUGCGAGGUGGGGCCCCUGGCCGGCUGGGACAGCACAGCCCCCACCCUGGGGUGCCCCUGCUAGCCCUGGCGGAGGAGAGGGGCGGGUGGCGCACAGCAGUCCCUGACUCCUCUGCCUGCCCCUGGGAUGGGCGCUGUGAGCAGGACCGUGGACCUGAGCAGACCCACCCUGGGGCAACGCUACCCAAUGCCACCUUCUGCCUCAUCCCUGGCCACCGUCCUGAUGCUUUGCACUUCCUCCAAGCCCUGCAGGCUGGCUGCAUCCCUGUGCUUCUCAGUCCUCGGUGGGAGCUGCCCUUCUCCGAGGUCAUCGAUUGGACCAAGGCGGCCAUCGUAGCUGACGAGAGGCUCCCAUUUCAGGUCCUUGCUGCCCUCCAGGAGAUGCCCCCCACGCGGGUCCUUGCCCUGCGUCAGCAGACCCAGUUUCUAUGGGAUGCCUACUUCUCCUCAGUGGAGAAAGUCAUCCAUACCACUCUGGAGAUUAUUCAGGACCGGAUCUUUGGAGCAUCUGCUCACCCCUCGCUACUGUGGAACAGCCCCCCAGGCGCCCUCCUGGCCCUGCCCACUUUUUCCACAAGCCCCUUGGACUUCCCCUUCUACCACCUACAACGGGGCUCUCGGCCUGUGGGCAGGUUCAGCGCCCUGAUCUGGGUGGGGGCCCCAGGCCAGCCCCCCCUGAAGCUCAUCCAGGCGGUGGCAGGCUCCCAGCACUGUGCCCAGAUCUUGGUUCUCUGGAGCAGUGAGAAGCCACCCCCACCCAGGUGGCCCAAGACGACAGUGCCCUUGACAGUCCUGGAGGGGCAGAGGAAGGUCAGUGACCGCUUCUUCCCGCACAGAGCCAUCAGCACUGAUGCCGUCCUCAGCCUCGACGCCCAGAGCAGUCUUACCACAAGUGAGGUGGACUUCGCUUUUGUGGUGUGGCAGAACUUCCCUGAGCGGAUGGUGGGCUUCCUGACAUGGAGCCACUUCUGGGACGAGGCCCGGGGUGGCUGGGGCUACACUGCCGAGAAGGCCAACGAGUUCUCCGUGGUUCUCACAUCAGCUGCCUUGUACCACAGGUAUUACCACACCCUCUUCACCCACUCCCUGCCCAAGGCUCUGAGAGCCCUGGCAGAUGAAGCACCCACCUGUGUGGACAUCCUCAUGAACUUCCUAGUAGCAGCAGUCACCAAGCUGCCCCCUCUCAAGGUGCCCUACGGGAAGCAGCAUCUGGAGGCCAGACCUCCACUGGCGCCUGGGGGCCCCAAGUCGCAGCUGCCAGCCCAGGACUGCAUCAAUCGGAUGGCGGUGGAGUUCGGCUACAUGCCCCUGGUUUCCUCUCGCCUCCGUCUGGACCCAGUACUCUUCAAGGACCCGGUGUCCGUGCUGCGCAAGAAGUAUCGCAGCCUGGAGAAGCCCUAG